AACGCCGACGGUGAUAAUACAAGUUAGCUGUAGAGUAGGUCAAGUUAACAACGUCAUUAAAACCGAAACAUUAUAUAAAAGGAAUAAAACUCUGAAAGUACAUUAUAUGUAGCCUACACGAUAGGAAUUUUAACCCGACAAUACAAUACUUGCAAGCUUGAAUAGAUAUAAAUAGCAUUUAUUUGUCCGAUUUGUCCUUUUGUUGUCAGGCUUUUGUUGCUAUGUUUUAUGCAUUAUUAUUUUGUUAUAAACCUAAUUAAAAUCAUUAACGUAUCGUAUUAGCACGAAGGCUAUAUUUCCCAAUCUAAUGCGUAAUCUCAGUUUUAACCUUGCGCAUUAUCCUCUAGGUUGGUUAUCCUAAAGGUUCAGUCUCCAUUGGUCAAGACCGUCACGCUAAAAUUCAUUGACAGAACUGUCAUCUUUUUUUAACGAAUUAAAUAACCUUAACAGGGUGGACAGGACUACAGUAAUGACACCAGAACGACCGUUAGGAAAGCCCAACUGACCAGCUCGCGUUACCCGUCUAAACUGUUAGAUAGUCGCUGCAGUCGAUGCUGCAUUUUACCUUCUUGGGCUAAGGGUUGUAUGCUGCGACAGCAUUUUCAAUGAGAAAGACAUGCUUGCUUUUGCUCUAGUUGCGGGUUCUCUCUGGAUCGUACUAGAGCUGAGUUCAACGCUGAUGGAGAGGAUCCGGGCUCAGGAGCUGCUGCUUGGCCUGCAGCUGCCAGAGCUGGGCCAGCUGGGCCAGCUUGUCCGCUCACUACCUGCCUCUACACUGGUGGGCCUGGGCGCUCUGGCUGCGAUGCUGGCCUACUGGCUGGCCAUGCGGCCCCGCGCCAUCACACCCCCCUGCGACCUACGCCACCAAUCAGAACAAGUCGAGGAGGGUGGCGGCUGCCGAUCUAUGCUGGGUGACAGUGCCAAGCUGCUCACACAUUACCACGAAGAUGCCAAAACCUUGUACGAGGCUUUCCAGCGAGGCCUCCACGUAUCUGGUAACGGUCCGUGUUUAGGGUCUCGUCUCCCCAACCAGCCUUAUAAAUGGCUGUCUUAUAAAGAGGUCACGACCCGAGCAGAACAUCUGGGGUCCGGUUUACUGUCUCAGGGCUGCCUACCCAAUCAAGACCAAUUCAUCGGUGUGUUUGCACAGAACAGGCCAGAGUGGAUAAUAUCCGAGCUUGCGUGUUACACCUACUCUAUGGUGGUGGUACCACUUUAUGACACACUUGGGCCUAAUGCUAUUCGAUACAUUAUCAACAUUGCGGAUAUCUCUACGGUGAUCUGCGAUAAGCCUGAGAAGGCAGAGGUGCUGCUGGGAAACGUGGAGAGACAGGAGACGCCUGGCCUGAAGACAAUCAUCCUCAUGGACCCUUUUGGCCCGGAGCUCAUGGAGCAUGGCGAAAACUGCGGCGUCCACAUUCAGGCCAUGAAAGACGUUGAGGCCUUAGGUCGAGAGCAUUACAGAAAACCAAUGCCUCCUCGACCAGAAGACCUUUCCAUUGUCUGUUUCACCAGCGGUACAACAGGAAAUCCAAAGGGCGUGAUGCUUACACACGGGAAUGUUGUUGCUGAUUUCUCCGGUUUUAUAAAAGUAACUGAUAAAGUCAUCUUUCCAAAUCAAGACGAUGUCCUCAUUUCCUUCCUGCCACUGGCCCACAUGUUUGAGAGGCUCAUUGAGUCAGUGGUAUACUGCCAUGGUGGGAGGAUCGGCUUUUUCCAGGGCGAUAUACGUCUCCUGUCAGAAGAUAUGAAAGCCCUUAGACCCACGAUCUUCCCUGUGGUUCCUCGCCUUCUGAACCGCAUGUACGACAAGAUCUUCAGUCAGGCCAAUAACCCAAUGAAGCGCUGGCUUCUCAACUUCGCCGCGAAAAGAAAAGGAGGUGAGGUCAGCAGCGGCAUCAUACGCAGUGACAGCAUUUGGGACAAGAUCUUCUUCAGCAAGAUUCAGGCAAGUUUAGGCGGAAGGCUUCGCAUGAUCAUAACAGGUGCCGCGCCCACCUCCCCAACUGUGCUCAGCUUCCUCAGAGCAGCUCUGGGCUGCCAGGUGUAUGAGGCCUAUGGUCAGACGGAAUGCACAGCUGGCUGCACAUUCACCACCCCCGGUGACUGGACUUCAGGGCAUGUGGGUGCACCCCUGCCCUGCAACCUCAUUAAACUUGCGGAUGUGCCAGAGAAGAACUAUUUUGCUUCAAAAGGAGAAGGGGAGGUGUGCGUAAAAGGUGCAAAUGUUUUUAAGGGCUAUCUGAAAGACCCGGUUAAGACAGCAGAGACCCUGGAUUCUGAUGGGUGGCUCCACACAGGAGACAUUGGAAAAUGGUUACCUAAUGGCACACUAAAAAUCAUAGAUAGGAAGAAGCACAUCUUUAAGCUGGCCCAGGGUGAGUACAUUUCUCCUGAGAAGAUUGAGAACAUCUACAUCCGCAGCGAGCCUGUGGCCCAGCUCUACGUUCAUGGAGAUAGCCUGCAGUCUUGUUUAAUUGGGAUAGUGGUUCCAGAUCCUGAAGUGAUGCCCUCAUGGGCACAGAAAAAGGGCAUUGGUGGAUGCUAUGAUGACCUGUGUAAAAAUGUGGAGUUAAAGAAAGCCAUCUUGGAUGACAUGGUUCGCUUGGGCAAAGCCAGUGGCCUCCAUUCAUUUGAGCAGGUAAAGGAUAUUUACAUUCAUAGUGAGAUGUUUUCCAUAGAAAAUGGAUUGUUGACCCCCACGUUAAAAGCCAAGCGGUCAGAGCUGAAGGAAUAUUUCAAGCUGGAGAUCGAACAGCUGUACAACAACAUCUCAAUGUAAACGUUUUCUCAUCACCAAACAAAGGCAGAGGACUUUUUUGUAGUGACAUUGGCGAUAAUUAUCCGUUUGUCCUUAAAAGUCCCUCAUCCAAACCCCUAGCUGACACAAAGCAUGCAGAAUGAGCCAUACAUUUUGAGAUGGAACACACACUCAGUUGCUUGGACGGUCAUCAAAAGUCGUUGUGCCUUUGAGAAAAGUGGCAUAGCUACAACCAAAACUGUCCCCCCAACAAAAGCAGUAGCUGCCCCAACUAGCAUGCUUGUUUCCUUCAUUUUUUUUUUGUUACAGACUGAACAUGCAUUGCAAAUUUACCUUUCAUCUUUGUGUUUUUGUAUACUGUUGCAGGUGAAACUUUUGUUAGGGUAAAAAACAAAAAACAAAACAAAAAAAAACCCCAAAACAAAAGACAAUGCAUGUUGUGUGCCCGACACUCACUGGGACAGUUCUUGCUUGAGAUUCCCAGGUUUUACAGGCCAUCAAAAGACACACAAACAUACAUAUAAGGCACAUAAACACACAGAGCAACCACUGGUCACAAGAUAAAUUGCUUUAAUGCUAGAUAGCUAGAUAGCUAUGGUCUAUUACAUUUGUUCACUCUAAACAAGUGAGCAUGCCAUUGACUUAGAGAUUUGGAACUGUCAAAUGUUUGGCUUUUCAGUUUCUUUCCAUUCCAAAGUUUAAAAAGAUAGUGUACAUACUGAUGAAAACUAGAUGUAAACAUUAAAGUGAUGGUUUGAAUGGAUUUUUGCGUGUAGUGAAAAAAAGUAUAAUCAACUGUUGAAUGAAUCAGUACUAUAUCUUUGUAUUUAAGGGGGUAUGGAUGGGGACAAAAUAAAAAGAAACUGCUAAGGUUU